UCCACAGUGACCACCCACCUCUGCUGCGUCACCACCGCCACCACCAACCAUUACCUCCCGGAACCAUCGUUUGACCUCCCACAACCACAAUAGCUCACACCGACGACACCAGCCCCGACAAAACGACGUGGUGACGCCACGUCACCAGCCUCAACCACGAGCACCAGUCAGCCCAAUGCCGCCACGCCACGCCAGCAGCGACAGCAACCAGGCAAGCACCAGCUGACUCAAUGCCACGUCGCGGUGACGACGUGGCUUGUCAACGCCCGCUGCUAUGUGCCCAAGAACUUUCCAAGCCGAACCUUUCUGACGUGCCACGAAGUCCACAGCAGCAACCACGACGACGACAAAUGAUCGUGGAGGAACGAGUGCUGCCAAAAGCCAGCCGCCGUUGCCCACACCGCACACCAACCAUCGCCACGUCACUCCGCCGCGCACGCCGUUUCGACGACAUAUGUACCAGUAUGCACUUGCAGGGGCAGGAAGGGGGUUUGAGAAGGGGGUAUACAGAGCUUGUGGAAGGGACCCAAUGGGGGAGGGAUGUGUCCCUCCUGGCGUCGCUGGUGUGGAUGGCAAAGGAUUCUUUAAUAGUGUACUGUCAUAUUCUCACUGUAUUGUGCUAGUACCAUACAAUGAUCAGUUAUACCUAAUUUUUUGCU